AUGGCUGAUCUCAAUUGUGGCGUGGUGGAUAUCGCAGAAUGGAGUUCAAAGCCAUUAAGCGACCCAGUAGACUUGGUGAAACCAGUCCAUCUAGUAGUGAUUCAACAUAGCGCAACGGCGCCUUGCUCUGAUGAUGAGACGUGCAAGACUCUAUUGUCUAACGUGAGGGAAAAACACGUAGAGAGACUAAAGUUCAAAGACAUAGGGAAUUCGUUCUACAUUAGCAGUCAUGGAAAGGUUUAUGAAGGAUCUGGUUGGCACGUGGGUGCACAUACAAAAGGAUUUAAUGACAAGUCUAUAGGAAUAUCGUUUAUUGGAGAUUUUCGAGACUCACUACCGUCCGAAGAAGCUUUGAAGGCUGCACAAGAUUUUCUGUCGUGUAGCGUGAAUAAUGAAAGCCUGGACGAAAAUUACGAUCUAGUUGGUCAUGGCCAACUAUCAGCAACUCUGAGUCCUGGUGCUAAGCUCCAAAGUCUUAUACAGUCCUGGUCUCAUUGGCGUGAAAAAUUAAUACAGUGA